AUGUUUACUAUUAAUACAUAAAUCAUUUACAAAUUGCCAGACUUCAUACCAAAUCUUAAUAUUGAUUUGUCAUUUCCUCAAAUCCUAACACCUAAAUACAGACCUCCUCCCCUCAAGAAACAUCCUGUUUUAGAUUCGCCUGAUGAAAUCAAAAAAUGGUUAGAAUAGAGAAGGAAAAGAUACCCCAAUAAGCAAAAACCUACUGUGGAUGAAAAUGCACAAGAACUUUCGAUCUUGGAAAUUAAACUGAGAAAGAAGAUUUUAAUUUUGAGUGGAAGCAGUAGGAGAACAUAAAUUAAAGCUAAGUAAAUGAAGGAACUCUGUAAGGUUCUUACUGAAUCAAAAAGAAUUCAGAAGAAAAUGAAUAUUAUUGAACCAUAAAUUAGUUCUGAUUCAGAAGAAAAUGAUAAGGAGGAAAAAGAUUAAAAAAUAGAUGACAAGGAAGCGAUAUCAAAAGAAAUAACCAAAUUAUAAAAGAAGUUAAGUAAUAAUAGACCAAGGGAAUAUUAUAAAUAGGUGAAAGAAGCAGGAGAAUAAUAGUAGUUAUCAAAGAUGGAAAAGUAGAUAAUCAAAACUAAAAUUAAGGAUCUCAAGGUAAAGUUAAAGUAAUUAAAUCCAGAACCUGAACAAGUUAAGGAAUACUAAAAUGUAAUUAGAUAAGAGAACACACAGACUUUAGAAGAUCAUACUAAGGAGAUGAUUGACAAUUUAGAGGAAUAGAAAGAGAAGAUUGAGAAUUUAUUGGAGGAAUCAUUAAAUUACAGAGUCAAUCCAGCCAACUUUAGGUAUAAGAGUAACACUCUCUAUACAAAUAUGCUGAUUGGGGAGAUUUUUAGAGAAAGACAAUAUGUUUUGUAGGCAAUCAGAUAAUUGGUGAAGGAGAACUUUUUCGAGGUGAAGGAAUAAGGGGGACUUGAAUGUAUUACAUCAGAAUCAGAUGAGGAGGAACAAGAAAGCAGUGAGGAGGAGAAAGGGUUUUAGGAAGAGAUGGAAGAGUAUUUUUGA